CAUUUCAAACUCUAUCGCUAGGCAAUCGUAGAGUCUGGACUCAAUCAUCAUUAGAAAAACAAAAAGUAAUCACUAAUCAGUAGGCGAAUUGUUGGCUCACCGUACUUUAUGGGCAGAAAACUAAAAAUCAGGCCCUAAACAGUGCGCACAAUGUCAGUGGUGAGCUGAUGGUAUCACUCACUGCCUUACUCUCCAUCUGGACACAACAUUUUCCCUUGUUUUCUUCAAUCUGUGAAAUCCUGAUUCCUACCUUGGAAUCUCCGGCGGUUCCCUAAAACUUCAGGCCGGAAAUCCCAUCUAUUUCUUACCAAUCUCGCAAAAGGUAACAAUGGAUUUAGCGGAUAGUAAGUUUUUGAAUGUAGGCCUGCUGUUGAUCGCCACUAUUGUGGCGGCGAAGCUGAUCGGCGCCCUAAUCAUCCCCAGAUCCAGGAAGCGGCUGCCUCCGACGGUGAAAUCGUGGCCUCUCGUUGGUGGGCUGAUCCGGUUCAUGAAAGGCCCGGUUGUGAUGCUCCGAGAGGAGUACCCUAAGCUGGGGAGCGUCUUCACCCUCAACCUGCUCCACAUGAAGAUCACCUUCUUGAUCGGGCCGGAGGUUUCGGCGCAUUUCUUCAAGGCUCCGGAAACUGAUCUCAGCCAGCAGGAGGUGUAUCAAUUCAAUGUGCCCACUUUCGGGCCGGGCGUGGUGUUUGAUGUGGACUACUCUGUCCGGCAAGAGCAGUUCAGAUUCUUUACGGAGUCUCUUAGGGUCACCAAGUUGAAAGGUUAUGUGGACAUGAUGGUCAUGGAAGCUGAGGACUACUUCUCCAAAUGGGAAGACAGUGGAGAAGUGGAUUUAAAAUAUGAACUGGAACACUUAAUCAUACUGACAGCUAGCAGAUGUCUGUUGGGAGAAGAAGUUCGUAACAAGCUAUUCGAAGAUGUGUCUGCUCUAUUCCAUGACCUGGACAGUGGCAUGCUCCCGAUCAGUGUCAUCUUCCCUUACCUACCCAUCCCAGCACACUGGAGGCGUGACCGGGCCCGCAAGAAGCUCGCUGAGAUCUUCACAAGCAUCAUUUCUGCUCGCAAAAAAACAGGAAAGUCAGAAAAUGACAUGUUGCAGUGCUUCAUAGACUCCAAGUACAAAGAUGGACGACAAACAACAGAAUCUGAAGUCACUGGUUUACUCAUUGCUGCUUUGUUUGCUGGCCAGCACACUAGUUCCAUUACCUCAACUUGGACAGGGGCAUACCUUCUUUGCAAUAGUAAACACAUGUCAGCUGUGUUGGAUGAACAGAGGGGUUUGAUGAAGAAACAUGGGAUGAAUAAGGUUGACCAUGAUGUUUUGUCAGAGAUGGAUGUGAUGUACAGAUGCAUAAAGGAAGCUUUAAGACUCCACCCUCCUUUGAUAAUGCUUCUACGAAGCUCUCACAGUGAUUUCUCCGUGACAACCAAACAGGGCAUUGAGUAUGACAUUCCCAAGGGCCAUAUAGUGGCAACAUCACCUGCUUUUGCUAAUCGGCUCCCGCAUAUUUAUAAAGACCCGGACACAUAUGAUCCAGACCGGUUUGCUCCAGGAAGAGAUGAAGACAAGGCUGCUGGACCGUUCUCGUACAUAUCGUUUGGUGGUGGCAGGCAUGGGUGCUUGGGGGAGCCAUUUGCAUAUUUACAGAUAAAGGCAAUAUGGAGUCACUUGGUGAGGAAUUUUGAAUUGGAACUAAUAUCACCGUUUCCAGAAAUUGACUGGAACGCCAUGGUGGUGGGUGUCAAAGGGAAGGUCAUGGUGAGGUACAAGCGUUGCAAGCUUUCGGUUGAAUGAAUGCCAAACAUCAUUAUUAUUGCAUGAUCCUACCAUUGGUCAAGUCAUCUAUGUUUAGCUUGUUCCUCUUGCUGAUUUGAUUGUUUAGCGUCUUGAAUCUUGAUGAUUCCCCUCUCCCCCUUCCAGAGAAAAUCAUUCUAGUAACUUGAGCUUGAUGUUGGUUUGUAAUUUGAGGUAGUCAUCUAUUUGUGGGCAACUCUGAGUGAAUAUUUUUUAUGCAGUCUUGUUUUCCAAUUGUUCGUUCUUUAGUCUUGCAAGAAUAAAAUCACAAAAAAAACAUCG